CCCCCUCCUCCUUCAUUCCUCACCUUUCUUUUUUCUCCACACCGUUACACAUCCAUCAUCAUGCCCACCCAAUCUCCUUACCCUCCUCUCCAAAUCCCAGACGUUGACAUCUGGUCAUUUUUAUUCGAAAGGAAAGACCGUCCGUUCCCCGAUGACAAAGUAAUCUACACCGAUGCCGAAACCAACCGCUCUUACACUUAUGCUGAAGUAAAACAAACCGCCAUCGACUUUGGCAAGGGCCUUAAAGGCCUUUGGGACUGGCAGAAAGGCGAUGUCCUUAAUCUCUUCACGCCAAACUGCAUUGAUACACCCGCCGUAACAUGGGGUUGCCACUGGGCUGGCGGCAUUCUAUCGCCGGCAAACCCUGCCUAUACCGCAGACGAACUGGCGUUCCAGCUGAGAGAUUCUGGAGCCAAAGCCGUAGUCACGCAAGUUCCUUUCCUAGGAACCGUGCGGAAAGCCGCGGAAAUGGUGGGCUUGUCAAAGGACCGUAUUAUUCUUAUGGGCGACGCGCGAGAUCCCGAGGGAAAUGCCAAGCAUUUUACCAGUGUCAGGAACAUCUCGGGCGUCGCGCGCUUCAAGAGGGCGAAGGUGAACCCGGCCGAAGACUUGGCAUUCUUAGUUUACUCCUCUGGAACUACAGGUCAUCCCAAGGGCGUUAUGUUAACUCACAGGAAUAUCGUGGCGAACACCAUGAUGAACAAAUCUGUUGAAGGGAGCAAACUCAACUGGAAAUCAGACAGAAUUAUAGCAUUCCUUCCUUUUUUCCAUAUUUACGGUCUCACAUGUAUCGUGCAUCACAACAUGUUUAGCGGAGUACAGGUCAUUGUUAUGGAGAGGUUCAAACUUGAGAAGUUCUGUUACCUCGUGCAGCACCACAAGGUCACCUUCGCCUACCUUGUCCCACCAGUCGUCCUCCAGCUCAGCAAAGAACCCGUGGUCGACAAAUACGACCUUAGUUCCAUCCGCAUGACCAACUCUGGCGCGGCACCGUUGACGCAUGAAAUCGUUGAGGACCUGUGGCAGAAGCGGAAAUUCCCCGUCAAGCAGGGCUACGGGUUGAGUGAGACCAGCCCCACGACGCACACGCAGGAGUGGAGCGACUGGAACAAGUACAUCGGAUCAGUCGGCAAGCUGCUCCCAAACCAGACGGCCAAGUACAUGUCGCCCGAGGAAAAGGAGGUGCCGGUGGGCGAGACGGGCGAGCUGUGGAUCAAAGGCCCGAACGUCUUCAAGGGAUAUUGGCGCAACGCCGAGGGUACCGCCAACGCUUUGACGGAAGACGAUUACUUCAAGACCGGCGACGUGGGGCACCAAGACAAGGAUGGUAACUUUUAUAUCACGGAUCGCGUUAAGGAACUCAUCAAAUUCAAGGGCUUUCAGGUUGCGCCCGCGGAGCUCGAAGGCCUCCUCGUCAGCCACCCGUCCAUCAACGACGUGGCUGUCAUUGGCGUUUACAACAAGGGGCAAGCCACCGAGUUGCCCCGCGCAUACGUCGUCCCUGCAAAGGGCGUCGAGGCCAGUCCGCAGACGGAGAAGGAGAUCGUGUCUUGGCUGCAGGAGAAGGUUGCCCAGCACAAGAGACUAAGAGGCGGUGUCCGGUUCAUCGAUGAGAUUCCGAAGAGCGUCAGCGGUAAGAUUCUUCGGCGAGUAUUGAAGCUCAAGGCACAGGAAGAGGAAGCGAAGGGCUUGAAGGCGAAACUAUAGUUGGCCUUGAUAUUUAUGCGGAAGAUGUAUCCAUCCUAUGUCACUUUAUUGCGACGCUGUCGUAGAUUUACGCUGUCAUCUGCACGCAGAGUAG